AUGGAGAAGCAUGUUGACCUGCAGACGACCAAUCGUGAACUUAUGCGGCAAAGGGGCCGAGGGUCCAUCUCGGAAGGAAAAGGCCAGCAUUUUGAUCGCGACAGGCAUGAGUUGGCAAGAGUGGGAAAGGAGCAGGUGCUAAAGCGCCGCUUCGGACUGGUGUCAAUGACUGGUCUCUCGUGUGGAUUGAUGUGCACUUGGGAGACUUUGCUUGUCAUCUUUUCUAUAGGCUUCACGAACGGUGGACCUGCUGGUCUCAUAUACGGUUUCAUACUAAUAUGGCUGGGUAACUUCUCCGUCUUUGUCUGUAUCGGCGAGCUUGCCAGCGCAGUUCCGACUGCUGGCGGUCAAUAUCAUUGGGUUUCUUUGUUGGCGCCACGAUCAAACAAGAAGUUCUUCAGCUACUUGACUGGCUGGCUCACUGUCAUUGGCUGGAUAGCAGCUCUCACUUCCGUGUGCUACUUCGUUGCCGACUUGAUUCUCCAGCUUGUCAGUCUUAACGAUCUAGACGGAACCUAUACUCGAGAAGGCUGGCACGGCACACUGCUCCUUUGGGCCAUACUGCUUCUGUGUGUCUUCAUCAAUAUUUUCAUAAGCGGGGCGCUUCCUACCAUCGAAGUCAUUGUGUUGAUCGUCCACAUCCUUGGCUUCUUCGGCAUUCUGGUGCCAUUAGUAUACCUGACUCCUACCCACAACUCUGCUAAGCAGAUCUUCACGACAUUCCAUAAUGAGGGUGCUUGGAGCACGCAGACUCUAGCCUUCUUCGUCGGGCUUCAAGGUAAUGCUUUGGCAUUUGUUGGAACAGAUUCAGUUGUUCAUAUGUCUGAAGAAGUCAAGAAUGCCAGCACCGACGUCCCUUGCUCAAUGCUUCUCAGUCUUGUUAUCAAUGGUACAUUAGCAUUAGGUAUGCUUUUCGCUGUUCUCUUCAGCGCGCACGAUAUCCCAGAGUUGCUUGGCGAUCAGAAUGCGGCGACCGCGCCUUUCCUCCGCAUAUUCAAAGACGCUGUCGGUUCCGAGGCUGGUGCUACCGUCAUGGUCGCAAUCAUUGUUCUUCUUGAAUUUUGUAGCGCGAUGGGGUGCUUGGCAGCUGCAUCUCGUAUGACUUGGUCUUUUGCCCGAGACCGUGGUCUUCCUUUCUCUCGCGCUCUCAGCAUGAUCGAAAACCGCAGCACAAUUCCCGUGGUAUCCAUCCUAGUCGUCACCGUUUUCGCCGCACUACUCGCUCUCAUCAACAUCGGCAACAGCGCUGCUUUCAACGGGACAAUAUCCCUUGUCUUGGAAGGGUUCUACCUCUCCUAUCUCCUCGCAAUCGGUCUUCUCCUCUGGCGCCGGCUCCGCGGAGACUUGGACAAUCCUGACUCUUCGCUUACCAUCUUCAAUGAAGCCCAAAUCGACGAGGCCUACGAUCGCAGCCUGACCUGGGGUCCUUGGCGUCUCAAAGGUGCGUGGGGUGUUGUCAACAAUGUCGUGGCUAUUUGCUACCUUACUUUGAUUAUUUUCUUCAGCUUCUGGCCGAGCCAGGUCAGCCCUGAUCUUGUGCAUAUGAAUUGGGCUGGUGUGGUGACAGGGUCCGUUGCCUUGUUCAGCGUGGCGUACUAUCUUCUCUUCGCCAAGAAGUCGUACACGGGACCGAUUGUCGAGGUGGAUCCUCAUGCCCUGUAA